AUGUCAACUAUAGCGUCUUCAGAUCCGGCGAACUCUUUGUCAGCUCCGAAGAAGAAGAGUAACAACAAGAAGAAAAAGAACAAGACAAAAGCCAACGGAGAUGCUACCAAACCUCAAGAUGUUGGGAAAGAGGCGCCGGUGGAUGUCGGCGAUGUAGAAGCCGAAUUGGACGAUUCGGAACAAUCAGCCCUGAACACACCAAACGAACCUCAAUUCCCAGAAAACGUACACUCGCAAACAAAUGGGCAUAAACCCGAAGGUGCAAGUAAUGGAGACUCGUCCCAGAAUCAAAGAGACAGCGAAGUAAACUCUGAAAAAGUAGCAGAGGGUAACAUCAACCGCCACGCAUCCGAUGCUAGUGUUCGUCUCGAAGCCAUGUCGCAAGAGCGUGAAGCCCUGCGAGCAGAAGUCGAGCAGCUACGGAAAUCGCUAGAAGAUAUUCAGGGCAAGCACAAUGAGGAACUGCUGUCUAUGAAGGAUCAAUAUACGAAAGACGUCACGGCAAUCAGGUCACAGCAAGAUGAUGAGGUAUCUGCAAUUAAGGAGCAGCAUUCGGAAGAGGUGUCAGCCAUAAAAGCGGAGUUGGAGGAGAGCGAAACAGCAAAGGAAAAUGCGGAAACACAGUAUCAACACCUGCUUGGGCGGAUCAACACAAUCAAAGCAACAUUAGGAGAACGCCUGAAAGCGGAUAAACUGGAGUUGGCCGAGGCUCAACAACAGAUUGAGGACUUGGAAUCACAAAACGAAUCGUCACAAAAAAGGAUAGAAAGUCUUGAGGAAGAAUUGAAACGUUUCGAGGCGGAGUCAAAUGACUCUUCAAAAGAGCUCUCUACUCUUCGGAACCGUCAUAACCUUUCACAGCAGAACUGGCUUAACGAAAGGGAAGAUUUGAUUCUGCAAAACCGACAAUUGAGAGAUGAAGCUGAGGCAGCGAAGGAGGCGAUGGGAGACUGGGAGGUGGUUGCUAUGGAAGAGAGAUCAAAGUGGGAAGCCCUGACAGAAAAAUUCCGUGACCUGGAAGAGAGUUUUGCAUCACAACAGGAGGCUCUCGAUGAAGCUGUGCGUGAGAGGGAUAGUCGAACGCAAUCAUUAGAUGGCUUACAAAGAUCCUUACGAGAAGUCCAAGAUGCCCGCAAGCGAGAGCUACGCGAAAUGGUGGAAUCGUACGAACAACAAGUGGCAAGCUUAAAAAAGUUUGUCCAAGAAUCCGAUGCUAGGGCUGGGGAAGCCGAACGAGACAGAACUUCGUUGCAAACAGAGCUGGACAGGCUGACUCCGUUUGAAAAAGAAGUGAAGGAAAAGAACCUGUUGAUAGGAAAGCUACGACAUGAAGCCAUUGUGUUGAACGAUCACCUGACGAAAGCGUUGCGGUUUCUGAAAAAGGCAAAGCCAGAGGACAAUGUCGAUAGGCAAAUUGUCACAAAUCAUUUUCUGCAUUUCCUGGCCCUAGAUCGAACCGAUCCUAAAAAGUUUCAGAUUUUACAGUUAAUAGCCUCGCUUCUGAAUUGGAGCGAGGAGCAAAAGGAGCAAGCAGGUCUUGCAAGACCUGGUGCUGCAAGCGGCAGUCUUCGUCUUCCAAUCUCACCAUUUCACCGCACGCCAAGUACACCUUCGUUGUCUUCUGAGUUCUUUACCGAACCCUCAGGAACUAGCGCUAGAGAAAAGGAAUCCCUUGCGGAUUUGUGGACGGGGUUUCUGGAAAGGAGUGCAGAGGAAGGGUCUACGACAGCAGGGAGUAGAAGUGGAAGUGUGAGCAGCAGCGCAAGACCUGAUACUAGGGGAGGAAUGUAA